AUGGUGAAUCUUGCAAACCUGCUACUAAUCACCAUCAUAAUAACCAUCAUCAACUACACCCAGGGUAGUCCGAAACCGAUCACGUUUAUCAACGGGGGCUACCGGGGUAUCACAAUUGCCAUCCACUCAGAUGUGCCCGAAUCGGACCGUUUAAUCGCUAAUUUGCAGCAAUUGUGGCGAAACGGCUCACAAUUUCUAUACCGGGCCACUAGCGGGAGGGCCCGCUUUGUUGAGCUCGAGGUGAUUAUACCCCAUACGUGGCCAAUGAGGGACGGGUACGAGUCGGUGAUGGGCGGCGGUCAUUACGAUGGGGCACAUGUCAGAGUGGCCCCGACUGAUAGGGUUAAAACAAACAGGCCCUACACCUAUCAGCCCCGGGGCUGCGGACAGCCCGGCGAGUAUAUACAGCUAACCGACGGGUUUUUGGAGAGUCUAUUCGAUGAUAAGGCGAGUGAGAGGUUUGAUUAUCCAGAAAAGCACCUGGUUCACGAAUGGGCUCACUAUAGGUACGGUGUGUUUGACGAGUACUCAGCCGAUGGCGAUCCGAAAUACCCGGCAUUUUAUAUGGAAAACGGAACCAUAUAUCCGACCACGUGCGUCAAGGGGAUUAAGGGUCGCCAGGAGGACAUGGAGGGUAAACCGUGUAAAAUAUAUGCCGGGGGUCAGGUGGCACCGGACUGCCGUUUUGUGCCCGACCCUAUGGACACCAAUGCCUUGGCAUCCAUUAUGUUUAUGCCACACAUGAAAUCUAUUGAAAAAUUUUGCCAAAACGACACUGAUGAUCCGCGAUUGCGGCACAAUAUAUACGCCCCCAAUAAGCAAAACAUACUGUGCAACUACCGGAGCACUUGGGAAGUCAUUGAAUCGCACAGGGACUUUAAAAACCAGGACCUAGACACAUUGGGUCAGUACUGCGAACCGGCUAUUAGACUAUUAAGAGUAGAUGAUCGACAGAGCACCAGGUUCGCCCUGGUGCUAGACGUAUCGGGUAGCAUGGACGAUUACGGCCGACGGGGUAGACUGCACCGGGCUGCCACCAGGUUUGUGAACGAUCUCAUUUUGGACGGCAUGGAGUUGGGCAUAGUGCAAUUUUCUACGGAUGCCGAGCAGUUGCACCCUAUGGUGACAGUGAAUGACAACACACGUCAAUCGCUGGCAGCUGUGAUACCGACCCAAUCGGCCGGUUGGACAGCCAUAGGCAAGGGCUUGAAGCUGGCGCUGGAUAUGCUCGGGUCGGGUGCCAGCGGGGUUGGCUCGGGUCGACUUCAGGGGUCGACAAUAGUGUUGAUCACCGACGGAGAGGAGAACCAAAAUGAGCCAAAGAUCGAAGAGAUAAUGCCUGAGCUGUUGAAAGCGGGCGUUCGGGUGGACUCCAUAGCCCUGUCCAACGGAUCAGACCCCCGGUUGGAGAGGAUUGCUAUGGAAAGUGGGGGCAAAUGUUUUUAUAUGAAGGACAACGACAGCGCCACCAAUACGGCGAUGGAGACCGCGUUCAUGGGCUUUGUGUCGCAACAGAGAGAUGUAGAGAUCCAAACGGUAACCAUAAUGAAUCGGGAGGUUAUCAUAAUCGGCGACAAACCGGUCACUAAACGCGUGAUAAUCGACGAAGAGUUGGGCAAAAACAUCCGCUUUUCGUUGCACUCGAAGGACACCGACAGCCUUACCGUCAAAUUCAAGGCACCGGACGGCCAGACCUACGACCAGACGCACGACAAAUACAAAAAACUGUCGGCAUUUAAAUACAUAGAGUUCAGUGUAGAGGACUCGCCGGUCGGCGUGUGGGAGGUCUACAUCGGUCAACACCGGCCGACGCCGGACACACCGGUAGCCUCGUUGACCGUGACGUCUGACCCGCGACCUACCGGUGCCAACCAGACGCGCAAACACCCGGUGCGGGUCAACGCCUUUUUUGGCGACCUAGAGGUGCGAUACCCGGCAACAGCUCUGGUCUACGCCGACGUACGUAAGGGUCCCAACGCUAUCAUAGGUGCCCGAGUGGUGGCCACAGUUGAGAGGCCCGACACCGGCGCUGACAGUCAGUCGCCGGACGUAACUGUCGAGCUUUGGGACGACGGCGUGGGCGCAGAUGUGACGGCUAAUGACGGUAUAUAUACGGCGGCGUUCACUCAGUUUAGCGGUAAUGGCAGGUAUUCAGUGUCGGCUCAGGUGACUAACACUUCCCGCACACGUAUGCGCACUGAUUGGUCGAUCAGUCGGUUCGCCCCUCUAUCCUAUGCCCCGCCCGGCGGAGCGAGACGUCCGGCACCGGGUGUUAGUCGACAACAACGACAACAGACGUCCAAAAGCGAGUUCACUGUCGAUGAUUUUGUGCCCACUCGAGGCCUACCGCCCACUCCCGGUGCUGUAAACACCAUACAAUCAGUCACUGUACCGGCGUUUACACGUGCGGCACAGGUUGGCUCGUUUAAACUGGACAACUAUGGGGGCCCCGAAACCGACUCUAUACCGCCCGCACGGGUGACAGACCUACAGGUGCUGACCAUCGAUGACCAG